UCGUGCCAGCUGCUCCCUCUUCCUUCUACCUCUUUCCUCCUCCCCCUUCUCCUUUUCGUCUUUUCCUCCCCUCCCGCCUCCCGGGAACCCUGGCUGAGUGUGCCUGUGUGGGAGCGCGAGAGCCCCCCCACUGCCACCCCUUGGGGCGCGCGGCUGCAGUUAGGGUAAGCGUCCCAGUGCGCAGGCGCGCUCCCGUUCAGGGUCCCCAACGGACGCGCCCGCGGCGGGAACAGAAGGGGCAGCCGGUGAGAGGCCUUGGCCCCUUCACCAAAAGAAGAUGCUGCUGCCACCUGUCUACUCCUCCUGAACUUUCAGGUUUCUGCCACAUUCCCCAUGGAGGACACGCCCCUCUCACUCAGCUGCUCUGACUGUCAGCGCCACUUUCCUAGUGUCCCGGAACUGUCAAGGCACCGAGAACUGCUCCAUCCAUCUUCCAACCAGGACAGUGAGGAGGCUGACAGCGUCCCUCGGCCCUACCGCUGUCAACAGUGCGGGCGGGGCUACCGUCACCCAGGAAGCCUAGUCAACCACCGCCGGACCCAUGAGACUGGCCUUUUCCCCUGUACCACUUGUGGCAAGGACUUCACCAAUCCCAUGGCUCUCAAGAGCCACAUGAGGACUCAUGCUCCUGAGGGCCGCCGCAGGCGCAGACCCCCACGCCACAAAGAAGCCACUCCAUGCCUCCAGGGUGAGACAGUGCCUACUGACUCCUGGGGCCAGAGGCUUCGCCCUGGGGAAGGCUGGGAAAACCAGACAAAACAUACCGAAGAGACACCUGACUGUGAGUCUGGACCUGACCCCAGGGCAGCUUUGGGUACUUGGGAAGAUCCACCCACUGGACAAAGAGAAGGCUGGGAAAGCCAGCCAGAUCCUGGGGAGGGUGCAGAGGCCUGGGAGCCUGCCACCAACCCUGCCAGAGCCCCACCUCUCCCCACCCCAGCCAGCAGCCUUCUUAGCAAUUUGGAACAGUAUUUGGCUGAAUCAGUAGUGAACUUUACAGGAGGCCAAGAGCCCACUCAGUCCCCUCCUGCUGAGGAGGAGCGGCGGUACAAGUGCAGUCAGUGUGGCAAGACCUACAAGCAUGCUGGGAGCCUCACCAACCAUCGCCAGAGCCACACCCUGGGUGUCUACCCUUGUGCCAUCUGCUUCAAGGAGUUCUCUAACCUCAUGGCUCUGAAGAACCACUCACGACUCCAUGCUCAGUAUCGGCCUUACCACUGUCCCCACUGCCCUCGUGCUUUCCGGCUCCCCCGGGAGUUGCUAGAACACCAGCAGUCCCAUGAGGGUGAAAAGCAGGAGCCACUGUGGGAAGAGAAAAGGAUUCCCACCACCAAUGGGCACAUAGAAGAGAGCAGCCCGGACCAGCUCCGUAGUAUGCAGAUACUCAAUGGCACUGGAGAACUCAGCACUUCUGGGGAGCUGGAGGAUGGUGGCCUGGAAGAAUACCGGCCUUUCCGCUGUGGGGACUGUGGGCGUACUUACCGCCAUGCUGGGAGUCUCAUCAACCAUCGAAAGAGCCACCAGACAGGUGUCUAUCCCUGUUCAAUCUGUUCUAAGCAGCUGUUCAAUGCGGCUGCCCUCAAAAACCACGUGCGGGCUCACCACAGACCCCGGCAAGGAGUUGGGGAAGAUGCUCAGCCAUCAGUGUCGCCAGCUUCCCUGCUGCUGGCUGACACUGCCGACAAAGAGAAAGAGAUCCCCACCACCAUGCUGGACCAUCGGCCCUAUAAGUGCAAUGAGUGUGGUCGGGCUUACCGCCACCGAGGGAGCCUGGUGAACCAUCGCCACAGCCAUCGGACAGGAGAGUACCAGUGCUCGCUCUGUCCCCGAAAGUACCCCAACCUUAUGGCCCUGCGCAACCAUGUGCGGGUACAUUGUAAGGCUGCUCGCCGAAGUGCAGACCCAGGAACUGAGGGCCCUCCCAGCCACCUCAAGGUGGAACUCCCACCUGACCCAGUGGGAGCAGAGGCAGCCCCACACACAGAUCAGGAGCAUGUGUGCAAAAAUGAAGAAGAGACCACUGAUAUCCCCCCAAUAGCAGAUAGGAGAGCACCACAGAUAUGUAGCAUCUGUGGGAUGCUAUUUGAAGAUGCUGAGAGCCUUGAACAUCAUGGCCUGACUCAUGGGGAAGGGGAAAAUAGCAGGACAGAUACCAAGGUGUCGCCUUCUCGGGCAUUUGCCUGCCGAGACUGUGGAAAGAGCUAUCGCCACUCUGGUAGCCUUAUCAACCACAGGCAGACCCACCAGACAGGGGACUUCAGUUGUGGAGCCUGUGCCAAGCACUUCCACACCAUGGCUGCCAUGAAGAACCAUUUGCGACGCCAUAGUCGGCGGCGGAGCAAGCGGCAUUGGAAGCGGGCUGGCAGUGCUGGUGCGGGGGGACAAGGCAAACUCCCAUCAGGGAAGAACUGGGCCCAGGAGUUGGAAGACCAUAACAGUCUGGAUUCUCCCCAAGACCCUUCAGGGGCAAGUCCUUGUGGGGCCAAAGGGGAAAGUGGUAGGGACUGUUUGCAGGCUGAAUCCAAAGGGUUCAAGAGUGGGUUUGAGAGGGAUGAGUCCUGUUUCCAGGGUGAUAAGAACACAGGCACUGAGGAAGGACUGGAAAGGAAGGAGGCCUGUUUCCUUGACAACUUGGAUAUUCCAGUAGAUGAAGAAAGCAACGGGACUCGCUUCUGCGAUGGCCUCACUGGGGUGGACAAAGACCAGAAACCACUCACUGGCCAGCCCCAUUCAUCUUUUCACUCUGCUGAAGUUGUUGCCGGCUGGCAGGCUGAGGAUGCUCACACGUGUUCUGACUGUGGGCAUUCCUUCCCCCAUGCUACUGGCCUCCUGAGUCACAGGCCCUGUCACCCACCAGGCAUCUAUCAGUGCUCCCUCUGCCCAAAGGAGUUUGACUCUCUGCCUGCCCUACGCAGCCACUUCCAGAACCAUGGGCCUGGGGAGGCAGCCUCAGCACAGCCUUUCCUCUGCUGCCUCUGUGGCAUGAUCUUCCCUGGGCGGGCGGGCUAUAGGCUUCACCGGCGCCAGGCUCACAACUGCUCUGGCAUGACUGAGGGCUCAGAGGAGGAGGGGGAAGAGGAAGGAGCCACAGAGGCUGCCUCUACUGAGAGUCCACCACUGCAGCUCUCGGAAGCAGAGCUCCUCAAUCAGCUGCAGCGGGAGGUGGAGGCGCUGGAUGGAGCAGGUUAUGGACACAUCUGUGGCUGCUGUGGCCAGACCUACGAUGACCUAGGGAGCCUGGAGCGUCACCACCAGAGUCAAAAUUCUGGGACUAACACAGACAAGGCUCCCAGCCCCUUGGAAGCAUCAGGUGAUGCCACAAAAAUGGUUGCAGAUGGUGUCUUAGAGGGCACAGUGACCUCUGUCUCUGGAGAGGAUGGAGACACAAAGUCUGAAGAGGGAGUAGGUGCCACAGUGGUCGACAGCCUCUGCGUGCAGGGUGAUGAAAGUUUGCUAGAGGCUCAGCCCCGCCCUUUCCGCUGCAACCAGUGUGGCAAGACUUACCGCCAUGGGGGCAGUCUGGUGAACCAUCGUAAGAUCCACCAGACUGGAGAAUUCAUCUGCCCCGUCUGCUCCCGCUGCUACCCCAACCUGGCUGCCUAUCGUAAUCAUCUGCGGAACCAUCCUCGCUGCAAAGGCUCAGAGCCCCAGGUGGGGCCCAUCGCAGAGGCAGGAGGCAUCAGCGAGCCCCAGAACAUGGCAGAGGAGGGGCCAGGGCUGGCAGAAGUAGAUAAGCUGCAGGAAGAACUUAAAGUGGAGCCCCUGGAGGAGGUGGCAAGAGUGAAAGAAGAGGCAUGGGAGGAGACCACUGUGAAGGGGGAGGAGACAGAACCGAGGCUGGAAACCGCAGAGAAGGGCUGCCAGACCGAGGCCAGUGCUGAGCGGCCCUUCAGCUGUGAAGUGUGUGGCCGGUCCUACAAGCAUGCCGGCAGCCUCAUCAACCACCGGCAGAGCCACCAGACUGGCCACUUCGGCUGUCAGGCCUGCUCCAAGGGCUUCUCAAACCUCAUGUCCCUCAAGAACCACCGGCGCAUCCAUGCAGAUCCCCGCCGUUUCCGCUGCAGUGAGUGUGGGAAGGCCUUCCGCCUUCGGAAACAGCUGGCCAGCCACCAGCGGGUGCACGUUGAGCGGCGUGGGGGUACCCGAAAGCUGACUCGGGAAGAUCGUCCCUUCCGGUGUGGGCAAUGUGGACGGACCUACCGCCACGCUGGCAGCCUCCUGAACCACCGGCGCAGCCAUGAGACAGGCCAGUACAGCUGCCCCACCUGCCCCAAGACCUACUCCAACCGCAUGGCUCUGAAAGACCAUCAAAGGCUACACUCAGAGAGUCGGCGGCGGCGGGCUGGACGGUCCCGGAGGUCAACUGUGCGCUGUGCCCUCUGUGGCCGCGGCUUCCCUAGCCGGGGGUCUUUGGAGCGGCAUCUACGAGAGCAUGAGGAGAAGACAGAACGGGAGCUGGCCAGUGGUCUGGGAGGCCCAAAUGGCACAGAGGGCAGUGAGGGGAACCUGGCCAAUGACCAUGUUCUAGGGGGCCGAUUAGGUGGAGUUGAGUCAGUACUCCAGCUGGAGGACAGAGCUGUGAGGCCAGGGGAGCACAAUCAGAGCCCCAUCAGGGCAGCAGAUUCAGAAGCCACAGAGCCACUGUCCUGGGGCAUGGGGAAGGCAGAUGGGUGGCAAGGAGACAAGGGACUGGUGAAUCAUGAAGGAGGUUGGGUUUCUCAGGGUCAGGUACUGACCAAGCCAGAUGAAUCAGAGGACAGUGUCCCCAGGAGUCCUUGCCACCUUGGUGACAGCCAGUCCAAUGGACCUAGUCUCAGUCACAUGGAUAGCUGGGACAAUGGAGACAACAGUUCUCAGCUUCAGCCAGAGAGCCACCCCUCUUCCUGCAGCCAGUGUGGCAAAACCUAUCGCCAAUCAGGUAGCCCCUUGAAUCACCAAAAUACCCACAAGACCGACCGACACUAUUGCCUGCUCUGCUCCAAGGAGUUCUUGAAUCCUGUGGCCACUAAGAGCCACAGCCACAACCACAUAGAUGCCCAGACCUUUGCUUGCCCUGACUGUGGCAAGGCCUUUCAGUCCCAUCAUGAACUGGCUAGCCACCUGCAGGCUCAUGCUGGGGGCCACAGUCAGGUACCAGCUCAGACAGAGGAGGCCAGAGGUCCCAAAGCUGGAACUGUGGAGGACAAGGUGAGUCUCACUGGUCAAGGGAAAGCCCAGGAGGCCCCAUCAGAAGCCCCCAGACCCUCAGGAGAGAAUGCUGAGAGAGCUAGCGGAGAGCAAGGAGCAAAGUCCAUGGUGGCUGAAGACAAGGAGCGGCCCUUCCGCUGUGCCCAGUGUGGGCGUUCCUACCGCCAUGCUGGCAGCCUGCUGAACCACCAAAAGGCCCAUACCACGGGACUGUAUCCUUGCUCCCUGUGCCCCAAACUUCUACCCAACCUGCUCUCUCUUAAGAACCAUGGCAGGACCCACACGGACCCCAAGCGCCACCGCUGCAGUAUCUGUGGCAAGGCCUUCCGGACAGCUGCCCGGCUGGAGGGCCAUGGGCGGGUCCAUGCACCCCGGGAGGGGCCUUUCACCUGCCCCCAUUGUCCCCGCCACUUCCGCCGCCGAAUCAGCUUCCUGCAGCACCAGCAGCAGCACCAGGAAGAAUGGACAGUGGCCAGCUCUGGAGCCCCAGUGGCACCAGCGGCGGGCAAAGGGGACUUGUCCUUGCCCCAUACACCCACACCCACGACCCCUCUCCUGGACCCUUCACCCCAGUGGCCUGCAGACCUCAGCUUCUCCCUCUGAAUUUCAAGUCUCCAAAGAUCAGAAUAUUAGGGAGGGGGUGCAGGCAGGGAGGGGCUUGAUCUCCACAUUUUGCUCAGGAGUAGUUUGGGCAUCCCCAUCUCUUCUCUCCUCUCCUUGUGUGAAGAGGACCCAACUCUGGCUUCUUUCCCACGAAGGGGGUGGGGCAUUCCUCAUGUCCCUGUCCUUGAAGGACCUUCUUCCCCCAGCCUUUGUCACCAUGCUCUUCCUGGUGCCAGCCUCUGCCAAGAUGUUGGGCCACCCUCACCAGCCAGAUCCCAACACCAGGGAGAGGCAGAUUCAGAGCGCCAUGGGUGGGAAUGUUGCCUGUGGAAGGGGAGACUUUUGCUACAUUUGUAACUUAUUUUUUAAAGUCUAUUUUGUAACAAUUUAUUUAAGUUUUAAAAAAAGGAAAAUUGCUCCCCCCAAAAAAAGAAAUUUUCAAAA